GUUUAAUUUAUAUGAGCUUCGUGUUUGCUAUAUAUUUAUCAGCAACAUCAACUGGUUUAAAUGUGAUGACUUAGAUAUUUGAGUAGAAAGGCUUCAAUUAUUUGGGUAAUUAUUCGAUUUUCACUAUCUUCUUAUUUGGAAUGAUUGGAAACUUUGUAUGUAAAUAUAAUUUUAGAUAUUCAAGGUAUUUUAUAUAUCAAGAAACUUUAAUACAGAUAUAGUUUUUUUAUUCAUUCUUUAGGAUAUCUGCUAUUUUUGAUUUCUGGUUUAUUGGUUUGUCAUUGUGCAAAUGAAGAGGAAGGAAUGUGCAAUUGGUAUUGGAUAUAUUUAAUAACAAUCAUUUCAUCAGCAAUAAGUGGAUUUACAUCAUCUGGUUUAUUUAUAACAUAAAAUGAUUAUGUAGCAAAAUUGAGUAAAUAAUCUAGAAAGGCUGGAUUAUAUUAUGGAAUUGCUUGGGCUGUUCUUUAACUUUCAUAAGUUAUAGGAAGUUUAUAUUCAGCAUUUGUAAUUGUACAAAUAAAACAAUUUUAUUUUUAUUGUUUGAUGGUAGCAGUGGCUACUAUUGGUUCCUUUUCUUUUCUUUUAGUACCAUAACCUAAAUAAUCAACUCAUCAUAUUGUAUAAUUAUAAGAAGAGAUGGAUGUUUCGAAUAAUGAGGAAAUAAAAAGAUUGAAACCAAUUUCUGUUUUAUUGACUAUGAAAGAAUUUAGAGUUAAAUGUUUUAUAUUUCCAAUGAUGAUUACUGGUUGUCUUUUGAGUUUUUAAUGGAAUGUUAUGCAUUACAUCAUCGAGAAUUCAAUUGAUACCUAAUCAUUAACUGAUGAGGAAAUUACUAAAUAUACUUUGUUAGUGAUGACGGUAUUAGGAUGUUGUGAAGUCUUGGGGGGUGUAAUAUAUUAUUAUUUAUAAAUUAUUAGAUAUUCAUUGGUUUUUUUAAUACCUAUACACCAAAGUAUACAAGUUAAAUUCUACAAUUUCAUUUGAUAUCUGUUGCAUUAUUAUUAGCAAUAAUCAAUACUUAUGAAUAGAAAUAUGGAAUAUGUUUUAUAAUAGCAAUCCUUUGGGGAUUGGUUGAUUGUGGAACUACAUCAACAUUGUUAGCUAUUAUUGCAUAGGAUUGGAAUGAUCAAAUAUAAUAUUUUGGUCUCUUUAACUUUUUAUAAUGUUUGGGAGGAAUGAUAUCAACUAUUGCUUCAAUAAUAUUAUCAUGUAAAUCUAAAUAAUUAUGAUCUAAGAAUAACCAAUGGAAUGGUCUAUAUUUUUUUUGUUGACUUGUGUAUGUAUAAGUAAAUUUAGUAUUUGUUGUUAUUAAAAAUUGUACAUAAAAAAAUGA